AGUUAAUGACAGUAAGUGAAAAAACCAAGAUGGCGGAUGAAUUGAGAGGAUGCUACACUUUGCAUGAAAUGUUCACAAUUGUUGGUAGUAGAAUGACACAGAAAGAUAUUAACAUAUUGAAAUAUCUUUACAAUGGCAUUAUGCCUCAGAGAAUAAUAGGUAGGGUGAAGGAUGGGGUCGAAUUUUUGCUUGGACUGGAAAAGAUGAACAGGGUUGAUGAGACCAACUUCAAAUACGUGGUUGAUUUACUGAGAAUGAUAUCACGACAUGAUUUACUGCAGUAUGUCACUUUGAGAAAACGUAAACCAGUGUGUCCAGACCCUGUCACAGAAUAUUUAGAAGAGACAUCAAGAUUAUCAAACAUACCGACUUCUGUACCACAGGAAAGGAAGCGGAAAAGCCUAGAUCUGCCAUGCCCGAGACAUGGCAAACUCCGGAGGCAGUCCCUGCACAGAAAAGCCAAGUCACGGUCUGGAUUAGCCAGUGAACAUGUCCAAGGUGAGCCUAUCUCCUGCUCAGAGAUGGCUGCUUCUUCCUCCAGCAGUUGUGGAUCACUUCACGUGGAUGACAGUGAUGCAGAUCAGAGGACAAACAAAACAAAGGCUACCUGUGAUAUUCGUCUAAGAGUGAGGGCAGAGUACAGUGAUCAUGUGACUGCACUAACAGGAAAUGUGAACUCAAAUAAACCCACUCAGCUAGAGAGACAGUUUGAAAAAUUCAUGCAAGCUACAAACAUUCUGAAAUCCAGGGAUCUUGGAUCCAUUGUGUGUGAUAUAAAAUUUACGGAACUAACAUACCUGGAUGCCUUUUGGAGAGAUUAUCUUAAUGGUUCUUUAUUAGAGGCCCUCAAGGGGGUGUUUAUUACAGACUCAUUGAAGGAAGCGGUGGGGAAUGAAUCCAUCAAACUGCUGGUGAGUGUGGAUGAAGAUGACUACGAAGCUGGAAGGUUGUUACUUUUGGAUAACUUGAAGAAAUCACAGCAACAAUAAGAUUCUACAAGAACUAGAUAUUCCCGAUAUAUUUUUAGCUCAUCUGAGCUUUUCUGAUCGCCUGCUGUCCGUCUGUCUGUAAACUUUUUACAUUUUCGACUUCUCCAUAACCAGUGCUCGAGCUGGGCUUCGCCAUUUUCGCCAAUGGCGAAUUAUUUUCAAAAAUGGUGAAAAAAAAUUGAAAGUGGCGAAACUCCCUUUUUGCAAUAAAUUGUAUUUUAAAUCCUUUGUCAGUGACGCAUUAUCGCCUAUUUGUUUAUGCAGUCAAAAUCUGUUUAUUCAGUCAACGCGUGCGACUGGAAAUCUUGCUUCGCUCCAGUGCAUACAGAGCUGGUCACAGCCUCAGGUAAUUUAUGGCUGCAAAAAAGUCGGUGAUUAUGUAAUAAAGUACAUCGGACAGCUGUUUACCCUGCUGUGGUCAAUUGUUUAACAUUUAAAGUCUUAUUCAUUAUCGUGUUAUCAUCUCCACAUUAAUGUCAAUUCUUAACCAGAGAACCGACCGGUAAUUAAAUUGGCCGUAUUAUUGUGUAUAAUGUAUAUAUGAAUACAUCAAUUGUUUGUUUUUGCGGCCAAACUCGUUGAUUACAAGAUUUUGAUGUGUUUGAUUUUAGUUUGAAUAUUUCAUAAACAAUUAUGCGGUCGGUCACUAUUGAUAUGGACAUAGCAAUUUUAAUAAAUAAUUUUCUUUGAAGUUCGGUGCGCAACAGUAUAAAAAUGCUAAUCUCCUAAGACUAUGCACCCCAUUCUAUUUUGACACUAAACUUGUAGCUUCUGACCCUAGUCAGUCUAAAAUUAAAAAAUAACUAUGUUUGGCUUUACAGUCAACCCCACCUGCUCAAACAUCUGAUUCUGUCCAAAUUGCAAAAUCUUCCAUAUAAAAACGGAAAUUCAAUAGGGAAUGGUUGAGAUACGACUUUAAAUUGGGUUUGAUGUUUUGUGACAUCUGCAUUUCGGGCAAUGUACACAAUGUUUUCACUGAGGGGUGUAGCAUCAUGAAGUUUAUAUUUUUAUGAUUUAUUAUCCGAAUUUUGAUUUCCAUAAUAGAAUUUAUCAAACAAAUCAACUUCUUAUUAUUUCAGAAAGAAAUGUUUAGGUAUGGUAGCUGGAUAUGAUUAAGUAAUGUAACUUAUUCAAAAUGCUAAAAUAAGUGUAAUGAAUAAAAUAAUAUAUAAUAUGAUGGAAAUAAUUGUAAAGCAUGUGAUUAUUUGUGCCGAGCCACUCCCCGAAAAAGUGGCGAAAGGGAAUUCUGGUCCAGUGGGAGCACUGUCCAUAACCACUGGGCCAAUUUCAACCAAACUUGGCACAAAGCAUCCUUGGGUGAAGGGCUUUCAAAUUUGUUCAAAUGAAGGGCAAUGCCCCCUUCAAAGGGGAGAUAAUCACAAAAAUGCAAAAAUAGGUGGAGUCAUUUAAAAAUCUUCUCAAGAACCAAUGGGCCAGAAAAGCUGAAAUUUACAUGAAAGCUUCCUGACAUGGUGCAGAUUCAAGUUUGUUAAAAUGAUGACCCCUGGGGGUAGGAUGGGGCCACAAUAGGGAAUCAAAGUUUUAAAUACAAAUAUAAAGGGAAAAUCUUCUUCUCAGGAACCACUGGGCCAGAAAAGCUGAAAUUUACAUGAAAGCUUCCUUAAAUUGUGCAAAUUCAAGUUUGUUAAAAUCAUGACCCAUAGGGGUAGGAUGGGGCCAUAAUAGGGGGUCAAAUUUUUACAUACAAAUAUAUAGGGAAAAUCUUUAAAAAUAUCCUUCUCAAGAACCACUGGGCCAGGAAAGUAGAUAUUUAUAUGAAAGGUUCCUGAUAUUGUGCAAAUUAAAGUUUGUUAUAAUCAUGACCCCCGAGAGUAUGAUGGGACCACAAUAGGGGAUCAGGGGCCACAAACUUCUUGAGUGCGUCCGGGUAGCGCAGAAGUAGCGUUCUCGCUUCUCACCGCUGCGACCCGAGUUCGAUCCCCGUGAUCGGCAGUGGUUGUAUGUGAGAGUGUAUGGCGGUCGCCCGCUCGGACACGUGGGCGUCCUCCGGGUACUCCAGUUUCCUCCCACAUAAAUGAUCCCCCUAGCACAAACAUCCGUGCAUCAAAGGACCCCAUUGAAAAUAACUUUUCGAGCUUUCAUGGGUUAUCCUUGGUAUUUAUGCAUGUUUGUAUGUAUGUAUAUACCAAAAAACAUUUAUUUAUUUAUAGGGGAUCAAAGUUUUACAUUCAAAUAAAUAAUAGAGAAAAUCUUUAAAAUAUCUUCUCAUGAACCACUGGGCUAAGAAAUUACAAUUUGACUUGAAAGCUAAUUCCUGACAUAAUGGCAGAUUCAAUUUUGUUAAAAUCAUGGCCCCCGGAGGUAAGAUGGGGCCACAAUAGGGGAUCAUAAUUUUACAUACUAAUAUAUAUAUAUAAAUCUUCUCAAGAAUCAUUGGGCUAAAGAAGUUUACAUUUACAUGAAAGCUUCCUGACAUGGUGCAGAUUCAAUUUUGUAAAAUUAUGGUCACUGGGGUAGGAUGGGGCUACAAUAGGGAUCAAAGUAUUACAUGCAUAUAUAUAGAGAAAAUCUUUAAAAAUCUUCUUCUCAAAAACCAUUGGGCUAGGAAAGUAGAAAAGUACAUGAAAGCUUCCUGACAUAGUGCAGAUUCAACUUUGUAAAAAUCAUGGCCCUCAGGGUUAUGAUGGGGCCAGAAUAGGGGAUCAAAGUUUUACAUACAAAUAUACAGGGAAAGUCUUUAAAAAUCUUCUUCUCAAGAACCAUUGGGCUAGGAAAGUAGAAUUUUACAUGAAAGCUUCCGACAAAAUGCUGAUUCAAGUUUGUAAAAAUCAUGGCCCCCAGGGGUAGGAUGGAACAACAAUAGGGGAUCAAAGUUUUACAUACAAAUAUAUCUGGAAAAUCAUUAAAAAUCUUCUGAAGAAUCACUGGGCCAAAGAAGUUUACAUUUACAUGAAGGCUUCCUGACAUAAUGCAGAUUCAAAUUUGUAAAAAUCAUGGCCCCAGGGAUUAGGUUGGUGCCACGAUAGGGAUCAAAGUUUUACAUGCAUAUACAUGUAUAGAGAGAAAAUCUUUAAAUAUAGGCCAAGGUGACUUAGGUGAGCGAUGUGGCCCAUGGGCCUCUUGUUUAAUGUUAGAUCCAACCCCAGGGACAUAAAACAGACAAGCUCACUUGUGAUCUCACUUUUUUACUACGAGUUCCUUUUCUAAACGUGUGUCUUAGACAAGAAGUGAGCUCUUCUGUUUUAUGACUUAGGGGCAGUGCAUGAAAUAGUUUUAUGUGAGACAGACUUGUGCGUUUUUAAGUGAGGGUAAUUCAUUUUAUUUUAUGCAGAUAGAGAAACAUUGCAAUGUGAAAAAUCCGAAAUGAUGCCAAGAUUGAUUUUAUUAUUCAUAUGUACGAUUGAAGAAAAACUCCUGAUGUUGUACAUUUGAUAUAUGAUUUGUUACUGUUGAUACAUGUAUUUGUCACAAAAAGACUUAGUGAUUUUGUAAUUGUGUUGAUCAUGUUUCUAUUUAUUAAAUAUGAGCUAUUGUGGUAGUAAUGACAAAAUGGUUUUAGUUUCAUUUAUACAAUAAACACAGCAUAAAAUCCGGAA